GUUGGGUGCUGGCUUGGAUCAGCCAAGGAAAGGGGGACACGCGCAAAAGAAAAUGGGAUGGAUUAUUUUCAAAUGGCUGCUCCUGGGGAUCUAUACGAACUGCUUGAUUCUUUCUGACAGGGACGUUAAUAUUGUGGGUGGGGAUCGGUGUCGAUUAUUUUGGCAGACACCCUGUGGAGAUGGCUGUGCCCCAGUGUCUUGGCUGUGUGAUGGAGAUGAUGAUUGUCCUGGUGGUGUUGAUGAACACUGUGGGUAUGCAAGAUGUGAUGAAAAGAAAAUUCAGUGUAAUGAUGGUACUUUCUGCCUUGACAAGAAGAAUGUGUGUGAUGGAAAAACAGACUGUGCUGAUGGUUCAGAUGAAAUUAACUGCCCAAACACAACCUGCCUUGGAAUGCAAUGGCCAUGCAGGAACCAAAAAUGCAUUCCUAUGAUUGCCAAGUGCAAUGGUGUUGAUGAAUGUGGGGACAACUCUGACGAGGAAUUCUGUGAAGCUGAACAUAAAGAGACCUGUUCAGAAUACAAAUGCAGUAACAAAUGCUUAUCUGAGAAUAAGAUAUGUGAUGGAAUAUCAGACUGCGUUGAUGGGAUUGAUGAACCAGAAUCUUGUGGUAAGAAGUGUUGGGACAAUGGUGGAGGCUGCAGUAUGUUGUGUGAAGAAACUAUUUGGGGUGCGCACUGUUUUUGCCCAGCAGGCAUGAUUUUACAAGCUGACAAAAACUGUACUGAAGGCACUAACUACUUAGUAACAGCUGGACAGCAAAGUCUAGGUAUACUGGAUUUAAACAGCAAGAAGUACACAUCAAUGGCGGUUCACAAGGAAGUUGUGGCUGUUGCUUAUGAUCUAGCAAAGGCUGCUUUUUACUGGGUUGAUGUGGAAGGGAGUAUAUUUUGGUCAUUAGCCAAAAACUCCAGCAUUCCAAUUUACAGAGAUAAAGGAGUGACUAGUAUUGCUAUUGACUGGUUCACUGGGCUGAUUUACUGGACCAACCUCCUUGAGGAGAGAAUUUGUGCUGGCAUGUCUAAUGGCAAUGGAUUUGCAACCAUCCUGGAGAAGAACAUAAGACCAGAGCAGCUGCUACUCCUACCAGCAAAAAGUUGCAUGUUCUGGGUAAACCAAAGAGAUAACAUCCACUCCAAGGUUCACAUUGAGACUGCAGGAAUGGAUGGAUCUGGAAGAAAAGUCAUUGUGGUUCUUGAUUCCCUGAAACCAAUUGGAUUGACUCUUGAUUAUCCAACUGAGACACUCUACUGGUUCAAUGAAGAUUAUGAAUCUGUUGAAUCCAUCAAUGUGGAUGGCACUGGGAGAUUCUCAGUUUCCAACUUGGACAUCACAAAACCUCAAGGAUUUUCAGUAUCUGAAGGCUGGUUCUACUGGUCUGAAGCAAAUAAAAUUCUCCGUAUAUCCCACCAUCUGAGAAGGCCAAAGGAGGUCUUAGUAGAUCCUGCAGUAGCUUUCAUUUUGACCAUAACCAACCAGCAACAAAAGAGUAGUCAUCAAUGUCAGAAAGCAGAAUGCAGCCAUAUAUGCUUGCUUUCUCCAUUGAAAACUAAAGGCUACAAAUGUGCUUGUCCUCAAGGAAUGUACUUAGUAUCUGGAAAAUGUGAAGGAAACCGAUCUAUGUGCACAAUUAAUAAUGGAGGCUGUUCAGAGAGGGAUACAUGUAUCCAGCACACUAAUGGAGUUUACUGCCUUUGUCCAGAUGGUGAAGAUUGUUCUCCAGAUACCUGGGAAGUUCAGCAGGACUAUGGCACAACACUGCAGUGUGACCGCACCUUCUUCCUUUGUGACGAUGGGUCUGAAUGUGUCAGUAUGGAAUAUAAGUGUGAUGGUGACAGAGACUGUCCUGAUGGGUCUGAUGAGAUUGGCUGUUCAGAAGUGUGUGAUGAACCAGAUGCAUUUCAUUGUUCAGAUGGGACCAAAUGUAUUCAGGGGGAGCUGCGUUGUGAUGGCAUUGAGCAAUGUCCAGAUGGAUCUGAUGAAAUUGGCUGCAGCCAAGAAUCUGAUAUCUGUGGUUUCUGGUGUGAUGAUAACCAGAGAUGUAUUCCUUCAGACUGGAUAUGUGAUGGCAGCGAAGACUGUACAGAUAAAACUGAUGAAUUUAACUGUGGUUGUAGCAGUGAUGACUUCAUCUGCAAUGAUGGCCAGUGUAUUUCUCUAGCUUUCCGCUGUGAUUCAAAAUAUGACUGCAAGGAUCAUUCGGAUGAGCACAACUGUCCCAAACAGAAACCUCUUUGCAAGCCUGAUGAGGUGAUGUGCCCUGUCAGUAAGGAAUGCAUAAUAAAGGAGUGGUGGUGUGAUGAUGAUGUGGACUGUGAAGAUGGGAUGGAUGAACAGAACUGCAAGCUUUCAAAAGUUAAGUGCAGUGAAUUUCAAUGGACAUGUGGUGACUACUCCCAGUGUAUUCCAGACUUCUGGCAGUGUGACGGACAGAGAGACUGUAAAGAUGGCAGUGACGAAGUUAAGUGCCAACCAAGACUCUGCACUAGCUCUGAAUUCCAAUGUGCUACAUUGAUGUGCAUCAACAUGAGCUUGGUCUGUAAUGGGAAAGAUGACUGCACAGAUAGCUCUGAUGAGGGAGGUGACUGUGAUGUUCAGGAUUGCAAAGACUGUAUGCACGUAUGUUAUAAGACACCACAUGGACCUAAAUGUGGCUGUGAGAUUGGGUUUAAGUUCAUGGCUGACUUCAAUACUUGUAUUGAUAUUGAUGAGUGCAAAGAACUACCAACCAGACCAUGUAGUCAAAUAUGUCUUAACAUGAAUGGAACCUACAGCUGCAGUUGUCACUCUGGGUUCCUGCUCCACCAUGAUGGAUACAGUUGUAAGGUGACAGGUGCUGAGCCAGUUCUUCUUGUAACCGUUCACCAUGACAUUUUGCUGUAUGGAUUGCACAGUGCAAAAAAAGACAUUGUGCCUGAAGUUGCCAAAAGUGCCAUUGUUUCCAUGGAUUAUGACUGGAAAGAAAAAGUAAUCUUCUGGGUUGAUACUUACUCUGAAAGUAUCAAGUGGAUGAAGCUGAAUCAACAAGAGAAAGGAACACUCAUCAAAGAAAUACAAUCUGAUUGUGUAGCUGUGGACUGGGUAGGCCGAAACAUUUAUUGGACUGAUGGAGUUUCUAGUUGUAUUCUGGCAGCUAAGUUGAACAUGGCACUGAAUGGACCCCAAGAAUAUACCAUUGUAGUUGAUACGGAUAUUGACCAACCUCAUUCUUUGGUUCUGCAGCCACUUAAUGGGCUAAUGUACUGGGCUGAGAUUGGAAGUGAGCCACAAAUUGAGAGAGCAGGAAUGGAUGGAACCAACAGAAAGCUCCUUAUCAAAAGUAGACUUGGUUGGCCAACUAGUUUGACAAUUGAUCCCCUUGGUAGGAAACUACUUUGGGCUGAUGGUCAACUGCAUUGCAUUGGUGUGGCCAAUUUAGAUGGCACAAAUAUAAAGCUUUUCCAGCUGACCCAUACUCGUAGACCAUUUGCUGUAGCUUUAUUUGAAGAUGAAAUCUUCUGGUCUGACAUGGAACUGAGAACUGUUCAAAAAGUUGACAGACUGGGAAAGAACAGGACUGUCCUCUUGAAACGUAAUGUUCAACCACAUGGAUUGAAGGUGAUGCAUGAGAUUCUGCAGCCACAGGUAUAUAAUCCUUGUGAAGAAAUGGGCUGCAAACACUUCUGCUUACUGGGCCCUGGACUGAAAGGGAGUUGUCAAUGUGGACCAGGCAUGUUGCUGGCAGAUGAUGGGCUGACUUGCUUGAAAUCUGAAGACCAACCUUUUCUCCUCAUGAUUUCUCCCACUGUCCUCCUUCAGGUAUACUUGAAACACCUACAGCCAGAUACAGGGUUAAAGGCUUUGCCAGAGCACCUAGCAUACCACCUAAUUAACAAUCAAGUGGCCUCAGCAGAUUAUGUCUGGAAAGACAAAUUAGUCUACUUUUCAGACUCUGAAGAAGGCAUUGUUGGAAACGUUAUGCUAGGGUCAAAUUCAUCCUCCGUGCAAAGGAUUUUCCAGGUUAAUGACAUCAUAUCACUGACAGUGGACUGGUUGAGUGGUAAUCUUUACUGGAUCACCAGGAUUCCUAAUGUAAUUGAAGUAGCAUCUGUAAAUGGUGCUUACAGACUUGUACUGAUUGACAAUCUCUACCAUUCAAAUUCACUUUCAUUACAUCCACCUGAUGGUAUCAUGUGCUUUUCUGAGUGGGGAUCAGAAGACCAGAAGGUUGGCCCAAGAAUUGAAUGUUCCCAAAUGGAUGGGCAAAAACGAAAAGUACUUUGGAAAAAGUGUCGCCUCCCUACAAGCCUGCUCCUUGCAGAAUCUGGUACUCGGCUUUAUUGGAUUGAUUUGGGUCACAAUGUUAUUGACAGUGUCCUCCUGGAUGGCUCAGAAUUUAGAGAAAUUCAAGUAGGCCUUGAAGCCCAGUCUGUCUUUGCAUAUGGGGAGGACAUUCUCUUCUGGACAACUAUACAUGAUGGUUACACAAGGAUGUGGUACAGCAUGAUGGGACAGAAAAAGCAACUAUGGUUUGAAGUACAGCAGAAAAUUGUUGGUCUGAAAGUAUACAGCAGACAGCAGCAACAAGGGUACAAUUUCUGUUCUGAGAAGAAUGGUGGUUGUGACCACUUGUGCCUAGCGUACCCAGGAGGAAGAUCAUGUAGAUGUUCAAUGGGAUAUCUGCUCAUCAAUGGCAGCAAGUGUGAAGCCAUGGAGUGCCCACCUGAGACUUGGCAGUGCCAAGAUCAAUUGAGCUGCAUCUUGAACAAACAAGUGUGUGAUGGCAAAAAGCAUUGUGCUGAUGGAUCUGAUGAAAUGGAGUGCUUUCUAACAUGGGAGCAAUCUGCAUUGACAACUCAUGUACUUCCUAGACCUUCAGUGUCUCCCUCUACUCAAGAACAUUCAACUACUACUUCAAAAUGGCUUCCAGUCACUGCCACAUACUAUCCAGAAAGUCAUUCAAUCUCCUCCAGUAGUAGAGAGAAAUCUUCAACAGCACUUAGUCAUGAAGUGUCACUGAAGUAUGCUAAUGUUUCUACUGUAACAGAAAAGGUCUCCACCAGCCAAAUGGUUAACUUCAGUGUAACACAAGGUGCUGGACGAUCCAGCUCUUGUACAGCGCAGAUGUGUAACAUGCGUGGGAGAUGCUCUAUAGUCAAUGGCAUGGUUACAUGCAAAUGCCACGAAGGAUACACUGGAAGAUUCUGUGAAGAGGAAGAGAUGCAAGGAGUUAGUGUACUUCUCAUUUUGGGAUUACUUGCUUUAGUCCUGCUUGUUGUUGUUGGAACAAUCAUCUUUAAAAAGAAGAGAGCUGCGAAAAGGAGAGCUAGAGCCAACUUGCAACAGACUACGGGCCGUGGGAAUCAGACCUUCAGGAAUGAGGCUUUUGUAGAAGUACCAGAGAUGUCACAGACAACCAACUGAAGCCUGUAGAAACACUUUUUACCCUUGUUUGAAAUUGCAUUUUUAGUUCCAAUAAAUUGCUGCAAUGUG